AUUAGAUCGACUCUGUGAAGCAUAGAGUGAUGAUUGCUGGCAUAAAAUCUCGUGCAGGUUUGUGCUGAUUCUUAGAUGCCGCUGUCUUUUCAGGCUAUUGGUGAAUAUCGAAGUGCGGAAAGCUCCUAAAUGGUAUACUAUAGGACGAUAUGAUUGUCUGUGCGGCGGUCAUCGGGCAGCAGAACAAUCCUCUCUACUUGGAGACUUUCCAGCAAGCAGGAACGGGGAGUGAGGGCGCUCUGCGCUUUCACUACAUCGUCCACUGCUCUCUGGACGCAGUCGAGGAGAAAUUGCUGCAGCCCCAGAAAACGCCAGGAGAGCCCUCUGAUGCCUACCUUGGCUUGCUUUACCCAACUGAAGACUUCAGAGUGUAUGGGUAUGUGAGCAACACAAGGAUGAAGUUCAUACUGGUGCUCGAUGAUGUCGCACCAAAGGAUGAUGAGAUGCGCCUGAUAUUCAAGCGCUUCCAUGCUGCCUUCAUCGAUGCAGUCUCCAAUCCCUUCUACACUGUCAACACGCCCAUCACCUCCCCAAGCUUCGAUGCCAGCAUCCGCACAAUCAUGACCACUGUCUGAGACGGCUAGUCAUCCAAAUGGGAUCGAGUCGAUGGGAGCUUCUCAGCAGUGAUCCGGGGGCGCAAUGUUUCUGCUGACUCACAGAUCCGAACUUGCACUGCUUGGGCAAAUGGCAAGCUUGAGGCCCACGGGUGCAGCCAGCUGUGACUGCUAUCUUAGCAGCUGCCUCUGCAUUGCACAGACAGACAGAAUUACAGCUACUGUGCUGUCAAAUGGUAUGGCGACAGAGUGUGACAUGAGCAAAGAAUCAGAAUCCCCUGUUCCCAAGGGCGAGGGCCUUCUUGUUGGCCUGUGCUAGGUUCAAGGGAAUGCAAUGUGCUGGCACCCCGGUGAUGCUGACAGCCGCAUCUGUCUCAUGAUCAUGAUGAUUGCGAUUUUGACCUGCGGUAUACCUUGAACUGCCAGUGAAUACCAGGCACACGUGGCCAAUGCCAGUGUACCUUCGAUGUUGUACUAAAUAAUCUGCAGACAAUAAUGACAAGUGCACAAGGUAGAAGAAAGUGUGCAUGGUGCUGGAACCUGAUUACAGA